AUGCUCUACGGUGGCACCCUGUUCGGCUCAUUUCGGCACCACGACAUUAUCCCCUGGGGUGAUGACAUUGAUGUUCUUGUGGACGUGGAGGUUAGAAAAGCGCUAAGAGAAAAGAUGCGUAAGCUGAAACCUGAUAUCCUAAUUUAUGAGGAGGAAAUAAGGGACAAGAUUUAUGCAAAGUUAAUUGAACCGAGUGAUACAUCUCAGGACAAGUAUGGCAGUCGCAAACUGAGUGGCAAGAGCUGGGGCUGGCCCUUCCUGGACACCAUUCAACAAGUACUGGGUUCCUACGCCAAAAACACACUUGCUGUUCUGCAACAGACUUACGGACGUGAUUAUCUUUGUUCCGGUCUUGCCUGGUCUCACGCCUUUGAGACACCAAUAUUUACUCGGACAGUAUGGUGCAAAAACCUAGCGGAUAGAUAUGCCUUCGUUGAACACGCCCCACUCUACCACAGUGCUCAAGAUAAGGAUGGUAGUCAGGAUGAUUUGGAUUGGUCGCGUGAGCUGCUGGUUCGAGGCGGAAAGGUCAUUCACGAAGUUCACCUGGUUGCACCUCGGCUGCAAUCCACUGUGGCGAAGUCUGAUACGCAAUAA